UUCAUAUUGAAUGAAUUUUAAGUUAAAAUAUAUCAAACCAAGUUUAUAAUACAUUAAAAUGCAUCCACAAAAUUCCUUGCCUAUAUUCAUUUUAUAUAUUAAUUUUUACCAUAACGUGUCUAAACUGGCAAGAUAAAAUGCUCCCGUCCUUAGAGUUCUUCUAUUUCUGAGUCCCGACUUUGAUGAUGUUAACAAGAAAUACCAAAAAGUCGAUAAUCACAACAUAUGGUUGAAAACUAUACUAUAAUUUGUGCAUAAUUUAAUUUAUUAAAUAACAGUUCCUUAUUCUUAAAGCUAACAACUACCUUAAAUAAAUAACUUAAUAAAAUUAUUUUUUCAAAAUAAACAAAAAAAAAUGCUAUCUGUUUCUGUUAUCUUAUUUGGAAUAUACCAUACCUUCAUCUUUACUAACACGACAAUAAAAAAAGGAAAAGUUUCUUUCUUUGCUUCUGGGGCUCUGACUUUUCCUUUUAGGUUCUGGUCACCGGAAAUGGGUUCCCGGCGACUACCCAUCAUCACCAUUUUCUUCUUCUAUCUCUUGGUGUGUUCUCAGUCCCUAGAUGUCAAGUUUCGCAAAAGGCACAAAAUCAAAGGACCCAUCAAAACCGUCGUCGUUUUGGUCAUGGAAAACCGCUCUUUCGACCACGUCCUCGGCUGGCUUAAAUCGACCCGACCCGAUAUCGACGGUUUAACGGGAGAAGAAUCGAACCGGGUUUUAGUCACUGACCCGGAGUCUCCCAAAGUCUUCGUCUCUGACGAUGCUCUGUUUGUUGACUCGGACCCGGGUCACUCGUUUCAGGCAAUUCGGGAGCAGAUAUUCGGGUCAAACGACACCACCGCCAACCCUCCUCGGAUGAAUGGGUUCGCUCAGCAAGCGGAGAACCAGACCCCUGGGAUGUCGAAGACCGUCAUGAGUGGUUUCAAACCUGGAGUGUUACCAGUUUACACUGAGUUAGCCAACGAGUUCGCCGUAUUCGACAGGUGGUUCGCGUCAGUGCCCGCGUCGACUCAGCCCAACCGAUUCUACGUCCACUCGGCGACUUCCCAUGGAGCCACGAGCAACGUACGGAAGGACCUCAUCCAUGGCUUCCCUCAGAAAACGAUUUUCGAUUCCCUGGACGAGAAUGGUCUCACUUUUGGGAUAUAUUACCAGAAUAUCCCCGCGACCCUCUUCUACAAGAGCCUUAGAAAGCUCAAACACGUUGUUAAUUUUCAUAGUUACGCCCUGAAAUUCAAGCUCCACGCCAUGCUUGGUAAGCUACCCAAUUAUGUCGUCAUCGAGCAGCGUUACUUUGACGUUGAACUCUUACCGGCCAACGACGACCACCCCUCCCACGACGUGUCGCUUGGGCAGAAGUUCGUGAAGGAAGUCUACGAGACUCUGAGGAAAAGUCCCCAGUGGAAAGAGAUGGCCUUGUUGAUCACCUAUGAUGAACAUGGUGGGUUCUAUGACCAUGUACCCACCCCUGCUUCUGGGGUACCAAGCCCCGAUGGGAUAGUUGGACCUGACCCGUUUUACUUCCGGUUCGACCGGUUGGGUGUUCGUGUUCCGACAAUACUGGUUUCACCCUGGAUUGAUAAGGCCACUGUGAUCCACGAGCCAGAUGGGCCAACACCAUCUUCACAUUAUGAACAUUCUUCAAUACCUGCCACUGUAAAGAAGCUUUUCAAACUCAAAUCAAACUUCUUAACAAAAAGGGACGCAUGGGCCGGUUCAUUUGAGAAAUACUUCUCUAUCCGUGACACUCCACGCGAUGAUUGCCCAGAAACUCUUCCUGAGGUGAAGACAUCACUGAGGCCCUGGGGUCCAAAAGAAGAUGCAAAGCUGUCAGAGUUUCAAGUUGAAAUGAUCCAGCUUGCGUCUCAACUCAAUGGCGAUUAUGUCCUCAAUACGUACCCAAAUAUCGGUGAAAGAAUGACGGUAGGUGAAGCUAACAAGUACGCAGAAGAUGCAGUGAAGAGGUUCCUGGAAGCAGGAAGGGCUGCUCUUAAAGCUGGAGCUAAUGAGUCUGCAAUAGUCACUAUGAGACCUUCACUUACUAGCCGAGCUAGUGCUGGCAGUUACAGAAACUACAUUGAUACAUAUUGAUUGCACUUUUCUUGUCUAAUUAUUUGUCAUCUUUAAAGUGCAUGUUUGUAAAUAUUUUAUAAAAUAUAAUAUAUGAUUGGUGACAAUCAAUUAGGCUAUAGCGUUUUUCCACUAUGUUAAUUAUAUGAUGGAACAUGUGCGUGCACAAGUCUUGGAAACUAUUUGUAGACCAGUAAAUUUAUCCUCUUUAGUAAGGGGAAAGAAAAACUAUUUACAGUGAACAUGGUUUUUAUAAGUA